GCCGAAGGUUCAAACAGGCAGGCAGCACGUUUUGUGCACGUUGGUACCUCCCUGAGCGUACGCAGCUCACUGUAGUGCAGGUGUUUUGCAUAAGGGAGCUCCUCGCUUUCGCCUUAACAGUGUGCCAGACGCUACCUGAAGUCAUGGCUGACCAGGUGGCUGCCAUGUGUGAUCAGCUCAUUAAAGCUGUGAAUGUGAUGAUGGAUGCAGAAACAAGCCAAAUUUUCCGACUGGAGGCCUUAAAGUUUUGUGAAGAGUUUAAAGAGACAAGCUCCUUCUGUGUACCAUGUGGCUUGCAAUUGGCCGACAAAGCCCAGCCAGCUGUAGUGAGACACUUUGGUUUGCAAAUCUUGGAGCACGUCAUCAAGUUCCGAUGGAACAACAUGCAACAACAAGAGAAAGUCCAGUUGAAGGAGUGUGCCAUGCAGCUGUUAUCAAAUGGUACUCAUUGUAUCCUGGAGGAGGAGAGCCACAUCAAAGAUGUCCUCUCACGAAUCAUAGUGGAGAUGAUAAAGAGAGAAUGGCCUCAACAUUGGCCAGAUAUGCUGAAAGAGAUGGAGGCUCUCACUAGCCAAGGGGAGGCACAGACAGAGCUGGUGAUGUUGAUCCUGUUGAGGCUGGCGGAGGAUGUGAUCACCUUCCAGACGUUGCCCACCCAGCGACGCAGAGACAUCCAGCAGACACUCACCCAAAACAUGGAAAGCAUCUUCAGCUUCAUGAUGGCAAUACUGCACGUAAACGUCGAGGACUACCGUAAACUGAAAGGGUCACCAGAACAUGAACUACAGGCCAGAGCUCACUGUCGAGUCGCUGUGGCCACGCUGAAUACACUUGCAGGCUACAUAGACUGGGUGUCUCUGGUGCACAUUACCUCCGGAAACUGUCAUCUGCUGGAGAUGUUGUGUUUGCUGCUGAGUGAACCGGAGCUGCAGCUGGAGGCAGCUGAGUGUCUGCUCAUCGCUAUCAGCAGGAAGGGCAAGCUAGAGGAUAGGAAGCCAUUCAUGCUGCUGUUUGAUGACGUGGCCAUCCACUACAUCCUUUCUGCAGCCCAGUCAGCAGAUGGACUGGCAAUAUGUAAGAAAUCCUCUGAAUCACAAGCAGUGGAGGUGGUGGAGCGGCGUUAUGUCUUCCUGAAGAGGCUGUGUCAGGUCCUGUGUGCACUGGGAGGCCAACUUUGCUCAUUAGUGGGUUCAGAUGUAGAGGUCGAAGUACCUGCAAAUCUCAGCAAGUACAUGGAGGCCUUUUUAGCCUUCACUACACAUUCCAGUCAGUUUUUAAAGUCAUCCACUCUGGCUACUUGGGGAGCUUUGUUCAGACACGAGACUCUGUCAAAGGAUGCAGUUGUUGUGGAGAUGACCAUCAAAUACCUCAGAGCAUCUAUGACCAACCUAGUCAAGACUGGAUUUCCAUCUAGAGACGAUAAUCCCAGUUGCGAGUACUCCCGUGUGGACUUUGACAGCGACCAGGACUUCAAUUCGUUCUUUAAUUCUUUUCGAUCGCAGCAGGGAGAGGUGGUGAGGAAUGCAUGUCGCAUUGUUCCUCUGGAGGCUUUCCAGAUAGCAGCAGAAUGGUUACAGUAUCAAAUCGCCAGCCCUAUUGAUACUGGGGAUACUACAUCUAAGACUGCUGAGGGCCUGUGCUCCCUCCUGUCUCCAUCGGUGGUCCAGUGGGAUGCGAUGACCGUCUUCAUGGAGUGUAUGGUCACACAGAUCUUCAAAAAUCUGGAGGAGGAGAAGUUGCCCAUAGAUCAGAGCAUGGAGCUACUGCAGGCCGUGCUGAACUACGACACCAAAGACCCGCUCAUCUUAUCCUGUGUGCUCACCAACGUCUCUGCCCUAUUCCCAUUUGCCAUACGAAGGCAGCACUUCCUGCCACAGGUCCUCUACAAGCUGUUUCAAGCAAUCACAUUUGAGGUUGGUCAGGAAACUAAGACACCUCGGACCCGAGCUGUAAAGAACGUGAGGAGGCAUGCCUGUUCUUCCAUCAUCAAAAUUUGCCGGGAUUACUCACAGUUCAUCUUGCCUUGUUUUGACAUGUUCUACAAUCACGUGAAGAAGCUGUUCUCAAGCGACGCCACACUGACUCACAUGGAGAAAUGUUCGCUGAUGGAAGCUCUGGUGCUCAUCAGUAACCAGUUCAAAGACUUUGCAAAGCAGAAGGCUUUUCUAGAUGAACUGAUGGCCUCAGUGGUUGCAGAGUGGACCUCAGAUGAGAUGAGGCAUGUGCUGUCGAACCCUGCCGUGUUCCUGUCCUUUGUUGGAGCCGAUCAGGUGGUCACUGAGCAAAAUAAAGAUACAGAAACAGCGGGUCUUAAUAGGGGCCGGUUGAGUUUCUGUUUGUAUGCCAUUAUGGGGGUGGUGAAGCGGGCACGCUGGCCUGCAGACCUGGAGGAAGCCAAGGCUGGUGGCUUCGUGGUUGGUUACACCCCCACUGGAGCUCCUAUCUACAGAAACCCCUGCACCGCCCAGUUUCUGGUCUUGCUGCCCAACUUGCUGGCUCUAAUCAGGACUCACAACAGUCUGUUCAUGCCAGAGAACAUGGCUCGUCUGAGUGAGACCUUCUCCAGGGCCCAUGAGGUGAUGGAUGCAGAGAAGAAUGUGGUUCUUGGUCUCUCUCAGCAUCUUCUGGAUAUUUACGACUCUCCUGUGUAUAGAACCAACCUGGAGCGCAUGCAGGGCUUUUUCACCACAUUGUAUGAAAACUGCUUCCAUGUCCUGGGAAAUGCUGGUCUGUCCCUGCAGCAGGAAUUCUACACCAUUGAGAGGUUGGCUGAAGAAAUAACUGGCUCUGUUUUUGUCUCCCUCGACCAUGUGCCUGACCACAGACUUCGCCCUAUGAUUCGGGUGUUUCUGAGGCAGCUGGUGCUACCAUGUCCUCAGGAGUACUACAAUAGUCUACUCUGCCCCCUGCUGGGCCCUCUGUUUGCCUACAUGCUGCAGAGCCUCAACGUCAAGUGGCAGGUCAUCAACCAAAGGACCUCUGUCAGCAGCUGGGAAGCAAGACACAGGAACAUCUUGGGGAUUGAGGAGCUGCAGCGUUUAUUUAUGGGCAAACCUGGUGAGGAUGAGGAGGAGGUGGUGUGUCAGGACAGCCAGGUGACACAGGAGAUGUUGGAGGAGCAGCUGGUACGCCUGCUCACCAGGGAGGUGCUGGAUCUACUCACUGUGAGCUGUAUCUCCAGAAAAGUGCCUGAACCAGCAGCAAAUAAGGAGGAAAUAGAUGAGGAAGACAUGAUGAUGGAUUCAGUGCAGGCGGCAUCUCCCGCCCAGUCCACAGAUGAGCUGACUGAACUGGGAAAAUGCCUGAUGAAACAUGAGAACAUCUACAUGACGCUGUUGACCCUCUCCUUCACCUCACUGUCGUGGAAGGACACCACUAACUGUCACCGAACUGCUUCCAUGGUCUGCUGGACCCUCCUGCGGCAGGUCGUAGGAGGUAAUCUUCUUCCUGAGGCGGUCACGUGGUUCUAUACCAGUGUUCUUAGGGGCCUUCAGGUUCAUGGGCAGCAUGAAGUCUGCAACUCGACCCUCUCUCAGCUGGCCAUGCUCAUCUAUGAAAACCUGCGGCCUCGCUACAUGGAGCUGAGAGCAGUGAUGACCCAGAUCCCAAACAUCAGUGUGGAGGCUUUGGACCAGUAUGAUCACAGGCUCAUGGGCCCCAAUGCCCAGAAGAUUGGAGACAAGAAAAGGAAGGACCAGUUUAAGAAGCUCAUUGCAGGAACUGUUGGGAAAGCUCUGUGCCAGCAGUUCAGGAAGGAGGUUCAUAUCCGGAAUCUUCCAUCGCUCUUUAAAAAGCCGAAGCCAGACAAGGAUGUACAGAACAGUGAAGCAUUGGGCCUGGCAGCUCUCUUCUCCCCAGAGAACGCCCUGUAGGAACACGUGGUGGUUCUAAUGGACUUACUGACUGAAGACGGAGUUAUGUGUACGAACCAGGGUUUCCCCUCACCAUCCUCCAGCUCGGACAGUGCGGCGCUACCUAACAUAACUGUCAACACUCACACUGUUUUUCAAUAGGUCAUCUUUUAUUUGAACCCUCGUUGUGCCACAGCACCACCCACACUCUUUCCACUUUCCACUAGUCAUUUGUACAGGCAAGUAUCACACAGUAGAUCCCUUUUUUAAAUCCCAUUGCACACUUCUUCUCCAUUCCCUUGCACAUACCAAUAAAGGAAGUAUAUGAGCUAUGGAAAUUUGUAGGAAAUAUUUCAGAUUAAAGAAUGGUCUGUUACUGUGUGAGAUUGUGUUAGGAGACAAUCUUAAAAUACCAGACUAACUAUUAAUGUUUGCUCUGCAACACAAUGUUCUGUAUUCUGUAUUUUUACUCUGGGCCUUUUUCAUUUUGAGGGGCAAUAUUUGCCCAUUGCCUAGCCUCAAUCUAUGACACUAAGCAUGCCAUAGAUUUAUGGAACUAGGGAAUCAAACUGGUUUGAUAUUCAGCAUAGAAACUGGCAUCUAAUGAUAUCCAAACAAGCAAAGCCAGUACAGCCAAUAGCCGCAGGAGUAGCCUGUUAGGAAGGGGGGUGUGUGUGUGUGUGUGUGGUUUGUGGAGAGGUGGAGACCUUUUGUUCUUAAAAAAUGUUUUUCUUAAUUUCAGAGGUUAGUGUUGGCAGAUAUUUUGUGUGACCACACUGCUGCUGUCGAGGCAGUUUAUAUCGUGGGUCAGAAAGUAAGGAAGUAAAAUCUAGGACAAAUCCUGGUUCACAUUUCUCUAUUUACCGUAAUUUCCUUUGACUGGACAUGCUUGAAUGCAGUUUCUGAUUCUGAAGGAUGUGCUAAUGGUACCUCAGGUGCGACGUUCCCUAUGAUGGGGUGAAGAUACUUUAUGGAUACUUACCCUAAGAAAAAAAAACAGCUGGAUUGUGUUUUCCUGAAUGGUUAAUGUAGAUUUAAAAUAUGAACAACAAUUUUGUAUUUUGUAGAUAUUACACAGUAGUUGGUUAAGGCAAUGAUAGUUUGCAUUUUGCCAGAUCUUCAUAUCAACACAACAUACACAGCCCAAGUACAGUUUUGAAUUGCUUAUUAAAUGCAGAGCACAUAUCGUACUGCCACAUCUUGUGCCAAAACACUCAAGGUAGGCUUGUUUGACAAACAUGUACAGGCAAUUGUGUCUGAGAAGCAAAAUCUAAUAACAUAUUUAAAGGUGGACUCUACAACUAAUGUGUAGCUUAAUCCAAGUCUUUCUGUAGUUUUCUAGCUGUUGAUAACGGUAUUCUGUUUUUCAUGUGUUGUUUUUUUUUUGUGUUUGUACUGGUAUUUCCAGCCAUGACAAAUAGACAAACCAGCACUACAUUCCUUCAUUGUCCAAGGGAUUGUUUUUAAGCAUAAUUUGUCGGAUGUAUUUUGCUCUUACGGAGCUGUCAUGGUUGAGAGUCAUUUUGUUUUUUAAACAAAAUGUUGUUUUGUGUUGUGUAGAUUCAGACCAAAAUAAAUGCUUUUGGCUUGGAGAGAGCCCCCUUUAAAUGCAUACAGACGUGUCUGUAUUUCAGAUGCUGUUUUACUGAAAAUAGGUUCACAUCAUACUUGCCCGGGAAUAGGAACAUUUAUGGAACUUGAUUUUCCAAUGAAUUGAUUCCCCUGUCUUUGUGAUUGUUUGUUCACAUGUGGCUAUUUUUAAAAAUGCUUGUUCAACACUAAAAUGUUCUGUAUAAAAGAAAAAAUAGACGUGUGGUUUAUAUUUUGUUGUUUUUAAAUAAUAAAAAUCUUAAUUUCAA